AUGAUGGAUUUUGAUGAGCGUGGUCCCUGCUCUUCUAACAUGUAUUUGCCAAGUUGUACUUACUACGUCUCGGGUCCAGAUUUCUCCAGCCUCCCUUCUUUUCUGCCCCAGACCCCGUCUUCGCGCCCAAUGACAUACUCCUACUCUUCCAACCUGCCCCAGGUCCAACCCGUACGCGAAGUGACCUUCAGGGAGUACGCCAUUGAGCCCGCCACUAAAUGGCACCCCCGCGGCAAUCUGGCUCACUGCUACUCCGCGGAGGAGCUCGUGCACAGAGACUGCCUGCAGGCGCCCAGCGCGGCCGGCGUGCCUGGCGACGUGCUGGCCAAGAGCUCGGCCAACGUCUACCACCACCCCACCCCCGCCGUCUCGUCCAAUUUCUAUAGCACCGUGGGCAGGAACGGCGUUCUGCCGCAGGCUUUCGACCAGUUUUUCGAGACGGCCUACGGCACCCCGGAAAACCUCGCCUCCUCCGACUACCCCGGGGACAAGAGCGCGGACAAGGGGCCCCCGGCGGCCGCAGCGACCUCCGCGGCGGCGGCGGCGGCGGCGGCGGCGGCGGCAGCGGCCACGGGCACGGGCACGCCGGCAACUUCAAGUUCGGACGGCGGCGGCGGCGGCGGCGGCGGCGGCGGCUGCCGGGAGGCGGCGGCGGCGGCGGCGGCGGAGGAGAAGGAGCGGCGACGGCGCCCCGAGAGCAGCAGCAGCCCUGAGUCGUCUUCCGGCCACACUGAGGACAAGGCCGGCGGCUCCAGUGGCCAACGCACCAGAAAAAAGCGUUGCCCCUACACCAAGUACCAGAUCCGGGAGCUGGAGCGGGAGUUCUUCUUCAGUGUGUACAUCAACAAAGAGAAGCGCCUGCAGCUGUCUCGCAUGCUCAACCUCACCGACCGUCAAGUCAAAAUCUGGUUUCAGAACAGGAGAAUGAAGGAAAAAAAAAUUAACAGAGACCGUUUACAGUACUACUCAGCCAACCCGCUCCUCUAA